UGCAAAUGAAAGUAACUUAUUACUUAAGACGUGCUUCAGUUAGUGAAAAAUGAUAUUUAGAUCGAAAAUAAAUAUUUGGGUGUUGCAGGGUUCAAUUUAAAUAGCUGACGGAUUUUUUUCCCUAUGAUCGAGAACAUGCUCCUGUAGCGAGCUUUUUUUUUUGCUUUGGUUCACCUCGUUUUGCUUAACCCGUCUGUGUUAUGCUGACCGAAGCAUAACAACCGCAAGACCAACCAAACUUGGAGUUCCAUCACCGCUCGGUCGCACCUAGCAUCAAUUCGCUUUCAAUAACCGAUCAAUCAACAUGUCCCGUGCCAUCAUCGUGACCGCUCUGCUGUGCCUCGGUUGGUUCCCGAUUCAAAUCAGGGCCGGGGACUUCAACUUUAUCUUCGACCCACACGAGUUGGAAUGCACCGGCAAUGUGACCUACGACAGGGUGAUGCUGACGGCCUAUCGACCUCGGACCGCCAGCGACGAACGCCGUGACUACACGGACAUUCAGCUGAAGAAGCUGUACUCGCUGCAGGAUUAUCUGGACGAUCGGGCUCCGUACGUGACGGUUGGGAUGGAUCCGUCGUUGAAGAUUCCCUACGGUACGCCGGUGUGCAUUCCGGAGUUGAACAUCCACUUUCGGCGCAAUAUCAACCUGCAGGUGAGGGAUACCCAUCAGGAUCUGCUCGGGGGUGGGUACCGUCGAGUGGAUAUUUGCGUGCGUACCCAGGCGGACAGUUUCGACGAUUAUGUGAACUUGAUGGAUGCGCAUUUGAUUUUCUAGGAUUUUUGUGGGAGAAGUGCUUUUAGUGGAAUAUAAGAUGAUUGUUUAGUGGA